AUGACAUCCCCUCCAAACGUGAGCAUUGAGGCUAUCGAAGCUGCAAUCACAGCUGCAUACGAAGGCCCCGCAGAAGAACAAGUCCACCACUUCCGAUGCACGCUCGCCGACUUUAUGCGCCUCGCGCUCAAGGAUCGUCUCAUUGAUCGUCGAGGGCUCCGGGAGCCCUCCUUCAACCCCUACAAAGAGACAUUGAGUUUCUUAACAUCACCAACACCUAUGCAGUGUUGUCCUCGUUCGUGGUUCAAGGAUUGGGUGUUCAAAUUGAGAGAAAUGAACCCAGAACUCCCAGGCAAACUGCGCGUCAACAGUCCAUGGCUGCCACAAAUCUUUCGUGGUCAGUAUCUGGGUGGUUGUAUAGGCACUUAUGCUUCGUUUUUCCCACGAUUUCCAUCCAUGCCCCUUAUUAUCCUUGAAGCUGGAUACGCCAAGUCCUACGAUGAUCUCGUCGACGACGCCACUCUACUCCUAGAGGGCGCUGAGGGUGAAAUCAAUAUGGUGAUUAUCGUGAAGAUGGAGCCUUUAGUAGAAGGCGAAACAUCGUUCAAGUCUGGAUUCACUGAAAUCUGGAAAUUCGAUGAAGAAGACAUGAAGGCAAAGAUAUAUGGUCCGAGACUGGAUUUAUUAGGCGACCAAUCUUCCAGCAUCGCACCCAAGGACGACCCGCUGCCUCUAAAGCUUGAUGAUCUUCGCGAUGAGCUGGAAAUUUCGGUACAGCAGCAUUUCUAUAAUGAAAACCGAGAGGCCCUUUGUGAACAAAGCCUCUCAUUGCUUCAGUAA